UACAGCCCAAUGAAAUACUAAAAAGACCCUAACAGUUAUCAACUAGGAGAAAGUACUGAAGAACAACAUUUAAUGUGAAUUUCCAUCUUACCGCAACAAAGCAGAAGCACCUAAGUGAAUUUCCAUCUUGUCCGCUACAACGUCGCUUCAAAGCAUAGAAUUCCUAUAACAGGCAUCUAAUUGAUUAUAUAAUUAGGGAUGAGAACUUCAUAAAAUUGAACAGAAAUAUGUAUUACAGAAAGCAUUAAGGGUGAAUAGCUAGUGUUCUAUCAAUUGAUAGGCAUCAGACAAGAAAUGAACAUCAAUUUUCCGAUAAAAAUUGUAGAUUGAUUCUUCUGUUAAAGGAACAAGGCCAUAAACAUGGUACAGUGGAUCGAAAUCUCGAAAUCACAGAGUGGAUCGAAAUUCCAUUCAGCAAUUUGAAGACGAAGAAGAAGAACUAAAAGAGCAAAGUUACCCUCUCCGAAGUAGCAAGGAAUAUUGCGUUGAAACGGAAAUCCAAUUGCCAACGACGACGACGACAGUAUUGAUGCAAUACUCCCUGAGGUUGAACCAACGCUAGAGCAAGAAGAAGAAACAGGCGGCAGUGGCGGAUGAACUUUUUUAUUAACAGACUUUAAAUUAGGAAACAGAAUCGCUCUAAUCUUCAAUUCCCUAUUAUUAUUCGAUGCCGCCGAUGAAGCUGGAACGUAUUCUUCGAUUAUAUUAGCUAGGUUUUCGUCAGAAGUGAUGGAAACAAGCACGUCUAGAUCUUCGUUUGGAAGUUUACAUUUUAAAUUCACACGAAAUCCACACGAUUCUUCAAAUUUCAUCAUCAGAUCUGUAGUAGUAGUCCAAAUCCAAAUCUAAUUAAAGGCAAUCGGUCCCAAAAAUAAUUAAGAUCAAAAUAAGGAAUAGUAGUUAAUUAAUUACCUGCGAUGGUUAUGAAACGAUCGACGGAGAGGAUUCUUAUGUGGCCGCCGACGUAGCGGAGGAGGAGUUGAGAAGAGAAUUUUUGCACUUCCAAUUGCCUCACCGAUUGGGAAUUCCUUGUGAAUGUGAAUAGUGAAUGUCACCGACACUCUCUAUUUACUAUAUAUAUUUAUUAUAUAUAAAUAUAAAAUAAUAUAUAAUUAUAUAAUAUUUUAUACAUAGAUCGCACAUAUAUAGAUUGUAGCAUAACCCACCCUCUCUUCACCUUCAAACCUUUCUCUUCCAAUCCUCUUCCAAUCUCCGCACACCUACAACCGGAAAUCAGCCGCAGCCGCCGGAAACCGCCUGCCCGCCGCCGCCGGAUUGAGCCGCCGCAGCCGGAAACCACAGUAGCCGCCGGAAACCAUCAAACGCCGGAUCGUUCUUCUACGAACAGAGAUUUCUACGCGCAACCACCAAGUUGAAUUAUCUAAAUGGAAUGUCGAUAAAAGAGUUUUGUUAAGACUUAAUGAAACCGGAUUUAAGAACAUUCAUCAUAUGCACAAUAUGAUGAGAACGGAUUUAAACCUGUUUUUGGCUUUAAUAAAAUGUUAUUCUAUAGAAGAACAUUGUUUUAUUAUUGGAGGUAGACGUAUAGUGCCUACCUUAAAGGAUGUUGUAAGAAUUAUGGGGCUUCAAAUUGAUGGUGAAGCCAUCACUGGAAAAGACUUCGGAAGAGAGGUAACAGAACAAUUGUGCAAUGAAUUAUUAGGGGAUAGCCGGUAUGUUUCAGGCCGUAGUGGCACUGAAAUAUCAUUGAAGGGGUUGAGAGAAAACCUGCAGAAUAUCCCCAUGAAUUUAGAGGAUAUUGACAUAUAUGUGCGCGCCUAUGUGUUACACGUAAUAGGAUGUUUUAUAUGUCCGUCGAUGAAUCCCUCCGGUGUUUCAUCCAUGUUUCUCAGUCUUUUGAGAAACGUUGAUGAAAUAAAAAACUUUGCUUGGGGAGCUGCUUUCUUGACUCAAUCAAUGAACCAUGUUCGUCAUUUGAAGAUGAAAAUUGAUUCCACUACGACUACGGGAGCUUGUAUUCCAUUUUUUAUGGUGUUUUUGUUUGAACACGUAAAUGGGCUAACAAAUGCCUCACUGCGUUUAAACCAAAUACCUUUUGACCUGCCAAUGGAAUUUCCCCUGCUUGUAUCUUGGUCAUCUCUUUUGAUUAGUAAGAGCAAGAACAAUCACGGGAAGCUGGCCGCUGAUACAUUUGUUAAUCUUCUUCAAAUGAGUGAGAUUAUACCAAGACCAUACGAUCGUUUGAAUGUUGAGUUUUUACCUCAAUAUCUAAAAUCCCAACUUCAUGUUGCAUACACACAUAACGUGUUGAUAUGCUUUGAACAACUUGCGCACCAUAUGCCGCAUAUCUUUCUAGAAAUGAUGGGAUUAGAAGAAAGUGAUAUUGGCAUUAUUCGUACCCUUCCAAAAGCCAAAUCAAAGCAUCGUAAAUCUUCCGAGAAACCUGAUUGGGGUUCAAAGUUUCAAAAGCAUGUCGACUUUUGAAAUAAUAGAACAGAUCAUUUAAUAUGCAGUUACGACAAACUUAUUGAGUUGGGAGUGGUGGGGGAGAAUGAAGAUUAUGAUGAAGAAGCUGUGCCUAUAAAUGUGAAUGAAGAUGAUGAUGAAGAAGCUGACAAUGAAGAUAAUGACGAUUUCUGUAAGUAGAAUAGUAUUGGAACACGUCUUCAUUUGGUUCUUCCAAAUGAUCAAUGGAGAAAAGAACAUCCUCUGCGAAGUAUGGAAAAGACACAGAUAGCCACUAACUAUUAAUCAAGUACUAUUUGAUGGGUAUCCCUAACUAUUAAUCAAGUACUAUUUGAUGGGUAUCCCUAACAAUGAACAUGAGACCAAGAUCCAAAGGUUGCUAACAAUGAUAACUGCUAAAAAACCUAAUAGUGAU